GAGGGGCGUGGUCAGAGCGGAAUGCUGAGUCGGAGCGUUCCAGAACCGGACGGUCCUGUUCCGGCUUCCGCGCGCUGAUUGGCUGAGCGCCUUCCCCUCCUCCGGAGGAGCAGCGAGGAAUGCUGCGGUGCGUUCCAGGGCUGGGCGGUGCGGGCCGCGGGCAGCCGGAGCGCAGUAGCCCCGGGAGCGAGCGGGGAUCUGCGGUGUCCGCGAAGCCCCUGGCGGCCGCGGGACGGGUCGAGAGGCAGGGGAUCCGGCUGGGAAAAGCACAAGAGUGAAGGAAGGAGAUGGUGGACCAUCUGGUUAACACUGAAAUUAACAGCCAGCGCAUUGCUUCCGUGGAAAACUGCUUUGGGGCAUCUGGACAACCCUUAGCUGUGCCAGGAAGAGUCCUUCUGGGUGAAGGCAUUUUGACCAAAGAAUGCCGCAAGAAGCCCAAGCCUCGGGUAUUCUUUCUUUUCAAUGACAUCCUCGUGUAUGGGAGCAUAGUGAUAAACAAAAGGAAGUACAACUCCCAGCACAUCAUACCUCUCGAAGAUGUCACCUUAGAGACACUGCCGGAUACCUUACAAAUGAAGAACCGAUGGAUGAUUAAAACUUCGAAAAAGUCCUUUGUUGUUUCUGCAGCCUCCCUCACAGAAAGGAAAGAAUGGCUCAGUCACCUUGAAGAAUGCAUUAGGCAUCUGCUGACAAAGACAGGCAGGCAGCCCUCCACGGAGCAUGCUGCCCCCUGGAUACCCGACAAGGCCACUGAUAUCUGCAUGCGCUGCACACAGACCAAGUUCUCCACGCUCACUCGCAGGCAUCACUGUCGGAAGUGUGGCUUCGUUGUGUGUGGGGACUGCUCCAGACAGAGGUUUCUGAUGCCACGCCUGUCCCCCAAGCCGCUGAGGGUCUGUAGCCUAUGCUACAGGCAGUUGAUAGCAGAAAAGAAGAAGGAAGCAGAAGUUGACCUGAGACAGCCAGAGCAGAUUGACUCUUCCAUGACUGGUUAUGAACCAUCUAGUGGUGAUGACAGUGAUAAAUCUGAUGAUGACAAAGUGGAACGGUGGCCGGGAGACGCAGAGUUUUAUGCCUCAGAAGUACCUUGGUCAUCUUUCCAUAGUUGACCUUCUUACCCUUUGGCUUAAAGCCUGAGGAGCCAAAUUCUGACUUCUGAUCCACGCAUAGCCCUCAGUAUUUUCAGUGGUGAGCGUACAUUAGAGGGUGAAAUUUAGCCCCUCUUUAUCUUGUUUACUUUCAUGUGUUUUCCUGAUUAAGUCAGUCUCUAGUGAUUUAAGAGAACUAGUAUUGUGUCAUAUUACUCUCGCAGGGCAUGGCCUACAUCAAGACAGUGUGGUACAGUGGGCAGAGCACUGGACUGGGAACCAGUAAACCAAAGUUGUGUUCUCUGCCCUGCCAUUGGCUUGCUGGGUGAUCGUGGGCAAGUCACUUCCCCGCUCUGUGACUCAGUUUCCCUAUUUGUAAAAUGGGGCUAAUAAUGACAUUCUUUGCUAAGAGCUUUGAGAUCUACUGAUCUCUAUACAAGAACUAAGUAUUAUUGUUAUUGUCUCAAAUAUACUACUCACCUGGGGGUGGACCCUUUUGUUGAUAUUAGAGGCCCAUUGAUGGGGUAGCUUGUGCUGCUACUGCCUGUGCUGUACCUCCUCUGUAGGGAAGAGAGGACUUCGCCUCCAAGGCUGGGAUUUGUCAUGAGCACUAAAUACAUAUAAAACGAUAGAACUAGAAAUCUGAAGUACAUGGAAACCUGGGCUGGUGCCCUUUGACCUCAGUACGGUAAGAUACUGAAAAAUAAUCAGCAGGAGACCUGGGUUAGACUUUUAGACUGCCUUUUGCUCCCCAAGCUACCUGAAGCUGGGAGCCCUGGGGAAACGGUGAUCUCAGGAACGGGAAGUCGUGUGUGGCUCUGAAGCGAAACCUGCUGACUUCUCAUGAGCAUCAUUAGCACAGCAUUGGAGAAGUCCUCCCUCCCAGUCAGAGAAUAGCCAUUGUGAUGACAGAAGGUAAUGGGAGAGUUAAGGUUUAUAUUAGGGGUGAGGUGAGAAAGAAGAGGCUGGCUCAACUCAGCAGAAUCACCCCACCCCUGCCCCACACGUAUAUAUUUCCAGGUCUCAAAAUCAGUAACCCAGCCAGAUUCCACUGCCCCAGGGAUGGAAGAACCCCAGCCUGGUGGGUGAUGUAGCACACGGUGGUAGAGCUAGUGCAAGAGGUGGUGAAGGGAUGGGUGGAUGGUCAAAACUAAGGUCGGAUUCUAUGAGAUGCUGAAAUUACUCAAUGCCCAGUGACUCACUUGCUCAUUAAGGCCCCAAGCCUUUGCUGCAAACGUACGUUGCAUAACUUCAAGUGUGAGCAGUCCUGCUGACUUCAGAGUUAUGCACAUGUGAGUGUCUUCAGGUUCAGGGCAUAAAAUUAUAUGCUUAAUUAGAAUUGAACUUUGACAUUAAAGUUAAUCUCAAGUGAGAGACUGUGUCUAUUCAAAUAGCCUUUCGUCUCAUGUGUAACUAAAAUCAUUUACUAUCAGUGAAAAUUAGACAACAGCAAUUGUAUUGCAGCAAAUAACUACAACAAAAGCUCAGUUGCUACCUUUUUUGCAUAUUUUAUAUUGUGUAUUUUAUACUCUAGAGCAAGAAUUUAGUUAAAAGUAAUUUUCAAAAUAAUUUUUUCCUUACCAUAGUCCAGUCUGUCUAAACACUGAAUUGCAUGCCAAAUGACCAGGUUGGGUUGGUUUUUUUUUUUUAAAUUAGUUCAAAGCAAUUAUUCUCAUGGAUUUUAUUUUUUCCUUUUUUAUAUACUGCCAAUGUCCAGCCAGUUUGUAUUAUUCAACCAAUUGUCAAUAAAGAUAUGGCCAAGGAGGGGAAAAAAAGUGACAAAAAAGUAAAUGUGCUGUUAUUUAAC